UCCAAUUUUACACUAAGUGCAGGGAUAGAAUUCAUACAAGUUGAAAUGUUCGUACAAGGCACACGUGCGCCUCCGGUACCGCAUUUGUAUUACAAACAACAAUAACUAAACCUGUACAUAUUUAUUUGCACAAAUGUGACAGUGAAGUAAAAUAAGCAUUUUAUGGUGCUACAAUUCGUGACACAUAAUCGUAUGAGUAACAACUGUUAUUAAUUUCUCCGCAACGAUAUUGUUCAUGAGAAAAAGGCAAUUUUCAAAACAAAAUGAGUGCAAAGUACGGUGCUACGGAUUCAAAUGGGAAAAUCACAGAAGAUAAGGAAAUAACAGCGGAUACGGAUGUAAAAUUAAGUGUUCCGCUGAAGCUGAGAUGGUGGCGUUUCAGCCAAAAUGUGCUCUAUGGGCUGGGGCACGUUUACAACGAUCUCUGCGCCGCCAUGUGGUUCUCCUAUAUGAUGCUGUUCUUCCAAGCGGUACUGGACAUGAGGGCCGCUGUCGCCGGAACUAUGCUACUUUUAGGACAAGUUGUAGAUGCGCUCGCCACACCAGUCGUAGGAUUAUUCGCCGAUAGAUUUGGAACAAAAAAAGCGUGGCAUUUAAUUGGAUGCAUAUUAGUGACGGCUACAUUCCCUUUGCUAUUCGUAAGAUGCUGGGGUUGCUGGCUCACGGCCGACCCAGACUACUUGUUGUGGUGGAUGCCCUUAUACUACGCCAUCCUCAUAGUUUUUUUCCAGAUAGGCUGGGCAAUUGUGCAAAUUUCGCACCUCGCUAUGAUCCCGUCGAUAUCAGAUAACCUGCAAGUCCGAUCUGAACUAACGUCUAUAAGAUAUAUGGCUUCUGUGAUGUCGAGUUUGACUGUUUAUCUCAUAACUUGGGUCGUAUUAAGGGCGACGAACUAUAGUACUUUCAUCGGGCCUACAGAUGAUUAUAAAUUUAGGGAUGUUUCACUAAUAAUCUCAGGCAUUGGCGUAGUAACGUUCACGAUAUUUCAUAUAUUCUUUAAAUUAAGAUCACCGAACGAUAAUAAAUUAAAUGGGCUACCGGCUGCUGUAAAUUCUACCGCAUCUCUACACACAAACGAAGAAGGAGAAUCCUUGAAAGUGGUAGCAAAAUCGAAAAUUAUGUAUUUUUUGCGAAUGCCGCUAUUAUAUCAAACUAGUUUAUUGUACGUUUUUUCUCGACUUUACUGGGCUCUAAGUCUUGUGUACGUCCCGUUGUUCUUAGAGGAACGGCUAUCGGUCAACCCCAGCGCAGGAUCUGAGUUAGUUGCGAGCGUGCCUUUAGUUCUCUACAUAUCUUCAUUCUUUUUCUCAUUACUUCUUAAAAGCAAGAUUCACAACUGUGGCCAUCAGAUGGCGUAUUUAAUAGGAAGUUUCAUGAGUCUAGUUAGCAGUUUGUGGAUAGCAUUGGCUAUAGAUCCACAUGCUAAUAUUGUACAAAUAUAUUUGGUGGCAACACUAAUAGGUGCAGGAAGUUCAAUAACACUAGUAUCCAGCCUUUGUGUGACCGCGGAUAUGAUUGGUCCACAUUCACACCAAGGAGCUGCUAUUUAUUCCAUAGUUACAUUUGCAGACAAACUUGUGACUGGCAUUGCGGUAGUCGCCAUUGAAAAUUACAAAUGUGAAGUGGAGUCUGAUUGUCCUCAAUACUACAGAGGUGUAUUGACUUAUGCGUGCGGAGGGAGUGCUGUGCUUGGGAUCCUGUCAUUGUCAAUAACAAAGUUGACAUACAAAAGUAAACCUCGCACACAGAUCAUGUAAAAUAAAUAGUUCCUAAUUGAGUGUAGAUACGUUCUAUGAAACUAAAAAUAAAUCUUUGCGAUAUGAUUUGAAAUAUAACGGGUGCAAGGAAAACACUCUCACAGACAAAAUAUACAAACUUAAUAAUAUAUUAACAUAAAAACAAUAUGAAUUUGCAAAGUUAAACACAUAACUUUCUGUAUGGGUAUGUAUGUACCUAUUUCAUAAGAGAGCAAAGUAAGCGUAAGUAGCGUGAGUAACUAUAACCUAUACAAGAGCUGCGGAGAAAAUCCGUGGAGAAAACGAACACACAUAGUACAUAGUGGGCAUGUGCGCAGCUUUUGGCUUUACUUACCUACUGAAUGUUAAGCAUCUUAACAAAAUAGUAUGUAUAAAUCAAUAUCCAUAACCUGUGUUCAAAUUUGCAAGAGAUGCAACAUUUUUACAUAAAGUUCUAGCUGUUCUCUAAGAGAAAAAUUCAAAGAAACAAAUAUAAUAACAGUAGUAUCACAAUUCAUUUUUUUCGCAAACUUACCCCCUUA